GUUGACCUCUCGAUCUACCUACCAAAAUGUCGGCAGCCCGGAGGGAAUGAACCGAACCAGUCCGGUGAGUCCAACUCCCGCUUCAGCAGUCAGGACGACAGGUAGUCGGCCGGCUCGCCCGCUUCCACGAAUCACCCGAGCCAGCGACCAGCGCGAACCGGCCCGCUGACGCGGCACCAAGAGACCGCGUCGUCAAAGCGCGCGUGUCAAAACGGAGCGCUGCCGCGCAACGGCGCCACGCCUAACCCACCCAGCGCGGCGGCGGCGGCGGCGGCGACGGCCAACCCACCACCGUGCCGCGCCGCGUCGCGCGAGGCCGAUCAGAUCAGCGCGCCCACACACCCGCGGGGAGAUCGCCGCCGCGGCCUCGGUCCGCGUCUCGUCUGAGGCCAUCGUCUCCCCCCGGGGCGCGGGGAGGGAUGCGGCGGACGUCGAGCGGGGCGCGCGUGUCGGAGGGCAGCGGCGACCACCACUACAGCUCGGAGGCGCUGCCGACGUACGACCCGGAGUCGGAGGCGGGGCGGCGGGAGGCGGCGCUGGAGCGUGCGCUGGGCCGCGCCGUGCACUGCAUCCCGGUGGUGAUGCUCCUCUGCGUCCUCCUCCUCUGGCUCUCCGCCUCCACCUCCUUCUUCUCCGCCCACACCCACCUCUAUUGAGAUUCAGUUGGCAUCUUAAAUGGACCUGACAGCUGUAAUCUGGUUCCUCUAAUACAAGUGAAGUAGAGUUCUGUGUUCCAAAAAGAAAAAGGAAAAAAAAAAAACAAGUAGAUCAGUCAUGAUCAGGUAUACGCUGAUAUGUUAAGAUGGAGAUUGGAAGGAUUAACACAGAAACAAGCUCAUAUGCGAGCAAUUUUUGGAUACAUUCAUUUAAGUCCAUAUUUGAAUUGAGAUGAUUUGACUCUGUUGCAAAUUGUAUACAAAUGGAGUAUGUAAUUCUUUCCCAACACUAUGCAUAUAAUACAUGUUCUAAUAUUCUUUUUAUA